AUGGCGGGCACACGGGCACACGGCUACCUCCUGCACCCGCUGCUCUCCCAGCUGUUCUGCGGUUGUCAUGGGCUUCGCAUGUCCACGAACACGCGGAUCCUCUACACGCUCCUGCAUGUCCUGGCCUCUGCCGUGUGCUGCCUCAUGCUGUCCCGCACUGUGGCCCAAGCCAUCACAGAGAAGGUGCCCUUCUCCGUGGUGCUGUGCCAACACCUGCCUGGGGGCACAGACUGUGAGCGGCUGGUGGGCUCCUUGGCUGUGUACCGGGUCUGCUUCGGCACCUCCUGCUUCCACCUGGCACAGGCUGCCCUGCUGCUCAACGUGCGCUCGAGCUCUGACUGCCGCGCGCAGCUCCACAAUGGGUUCUGGCUCCUGAAGCUGCUGGCACUGGUGGGCCUCUGGGCCGCAAGCUUCUUCAUCCCGGAGGACAACUUCAUCCAAGCCUGGCACUACACGGGUGUCUGUGGGGGCUUCGCCUUCAUCCUCAUCCAGCUGGUGCUGAUCACGGCCUUUGCACACACCUGGAACAAGAACUGGCUGACGGGCGCCGCGCAGGAUAAGCGCUGGUACCUGGCCGUGCUGCUGGCCACGGCCGCCUUCUACACCCUCGCCUCUGCCGCCUUCUCCUUCCUCUACAAGUUCUACACCCACCCGGCCGCCUGCCACCUCAACAAGGCGCUGCUCACCAUCAAUGGCAGCCUCUGUGGCAUCAUGUCCUUCAUCUCCAUCACGCCCUGUGUGCGACUCAAGCAGCCGCGGUCAGGGCUGUUGCAGUCCUCAAUCAUCAGCUGCUACGUGAUGUACCUCACCUUCUCCGCGCUGUCCAGCCGUCCCCCGGAGAGAGUGCUCUACAAGGGUCAGAACCUCACUGUCUGCUUCCCGGGGGUCCGGCAGGACGAGCUGCAGACAGAGGACACCACCGUCGCCGUGCUGGGCGCUGCCAUCAUGUAUGCCUGCGUGCUCUUUGCGUGCAAUGAAGCCUCCUACCUUGCCGAGGUUUUCGGGCCCCUCUGGAUGGUCAAAGUCUACAGCUUUGAGUUUGAAAAACCCUCCUGUUGCUUCUGCUGCCCCGAGAAGAUGGAGGAGGAACUGAGAGGAACCGAGCAGACGUGUGAGCAAGUGGAGGAGAGUGCUAGGGGACAGUUCCUUGUCCAGGAUGAGCAAGACCGGGUGGUCUACAGCUACUCAGCCUUCCACUUCGUCUUCUUCCUUGCCUCGCUCUACGUCAUGAUGACCCUCACCAACUGGUUCAGCUAUGAAAAUGCGGUGCUGGAGACCACCUUCACGCACGGCAGCUGGUCAACCUUCUGGGUGAAGGUGUCCUCAUGCUGGGCCUGUGUCCUGCUCUACCUGUGGCUGCUGCUGAGCCCCUUCUGCCUCCACAGCUCCCCACAGCACCGGCGCAGCAGCACGGGGCCGCGUGUUGUGCGGCGACGACGUGCCCCGCAGCGCAUCAGUGUCUCCACAUAGUCCCUGCCAGGAUGAACUGUACCUGGGGCUCGUCCCUGCUGCACCCUGUGCCCUGGCACUGCCUAGUCCUCCUGGCCUCCCUGACCCCCCAUCCCAGGAGAUGGUGGCAUCUCAGAGCCUGAGGGGAACCUGGAAGGUGAAUGCUUCCAGGGAUACUAGCCCUGUGCUGAGCCAGGACCACCCAAGGGGCUGGAGCAAGCCAGAGGCAGGUGUUCAGCCUGGAUGCCCUGGCACCCGCAGGGUGCACUCAAGGAGCAGGGCUCUGCCUGGCCACCCCUGCCAUGAUGUACUCGCUGUAAA